CCCCUUCGCCACUCAAACCCCACUGGGGCCCCCCCGGGGGAAAUCUGUAUCUAUAGGUGUAUCUAUAGGCAGCUGAGCGCCUAUAUAUACACACACACACAUUUAACGUUGGAUUACAUUGUGUAUUUCCACACUAAAUUACACGCUGCAGUGCAGUGCAGCCUCUGAUCUGUGGCUUUUCUCUGCGCACCCCUAUUUUUAUCCAAGUUUACUGUGAGUUUCCUUCGCCUUUGCAACAUUAUAUUCAAGAAUAUGGGCAACCAAACUGUUGUCUGAUUGAAGACAACGUGGAGUUCUGCAUUCUGCUGACUGUUAUUUCGCCAUUUUCUUACCUUUAUCAAGCUAACAGACAACUCUGAUCUCCUACCCAGCUCUCUAUCCCAAGUUUUCUUGUUUCAAUUCAAACAUUUUAUUAUUACAUAUCCCUCUCAAUCUUACUGUUUCCUAGUACUUUCUUUGCUCAUCUACUCACCCUUUUUACUCUCUAUAUACAUUUCUCAUUUCCCUCUCCUCUCCACACCCUUUUCUUCUUCAUUCUCUCCCUCAACAACCCUUUUUCUUUCAACUUCAAUAACAUUUUAUUACAUUUCUGUAUUUUCAUCAAGAAUGAUGCACAGGUGCAGUAGCAUUUGUACCUGCGGGACGUACCACUCACAAGGCAAUUCAUUCUCAAUGCUCUUCUCCAAUGGCGCCCAGUUUUACAGAGGUUUUAAUGAGGAGGAAAUUUACUCUUCCGCCUCGGCCGCGCCGUCGUCGUCUCCGUCGUCUUCUGUUGACUGUACUCUUUCCUUAGGCACUCCGUCCACUCGUCUCACCAAUGAGAAUAUCAGUAAUCAUCAUGAGGUCAAGAAGCGCUCUUCUUGCAUGUCUAACUUCGGCUGGAACAUACUCCCGUCUAAGCACACCCCGUCGCCUUCAGCCUCAAAGGGCCACCGUGGGGGCGGCAAUGGCAACGGUGCUGCCUCCGGCGGCGACCCUCUCUUGGCCCGCCGCUGCGCUAAUUGCGACACCACCUCCACCCCCCUCUGGAGGAACGGCCCAAGAGGCCCAAAGUCACUCUGCAAUGCCUGCGGCAUCCGUUUCAAGAAAGAAGAAAGAAGAGCCACAGCAGCCGCCGCCUCAGCCACCACCCACGGCGGGCCCUCCGUGGACAACUCCUGGGCUCAUCAGACCCAGAAAACGCCGUGCUACUCUUCAGCCUACGGCAACGAAUUCCGUUUCGUAGAAGAGCAGGACGAUCACCUGGACUCAUCAUCAUCAGACGGCGGGAUCCCUUUCCUCUCCUGGCGAUUCAACGUGGCAGACAGGCCGAGCCUCGUCCACGACUUCACCAGAUGAAAUCAAAAUUCAAACGCAAACCCUGGAUCAAUCCGAGGUGAUGGCGACGGUGGAAGUGAUAGCGAUUGAUGAUGGAGAAAUUCUCUUGCGCUUCAGUAGAGAUCAGCAGAUGUUUUCUUUUUUUGGGUAGCGUGGAGGUUA